CUCAAGAUAAGCUAGAAUUCACAAGGCAAAGCCCGAUUUGUGUGUGGAGUGGCUCCAAGGAUCUUGAAGGGACUUCAGCAUGCUUUACCGCAAGUUUACUGGGAGGCACUGUCCAAAGAAACCUAUGAAAAUAGUGGAUUUUUUAACCCCAGAUAUAAAUCGGGCUACACUCUACUGUGCUGUGAAAAUCCCGGAUUGUGUGUGAACAGCUCCCCGAUAACUUGCAUGAACUUCAGGGAGCCUGCUUAGGAGGUGUGGCUGAUAAUGGCGGAAAAAGAUUCAUUGUCAUGUCCUGCCUUGGAUAAGGUGGCUGGUGAGGAGUUCCUUCAAGAAGCUUUCCAGAUCAUGCUGCAGGAGGGUAUCAGAAAAGGGAUGGAUGCCUCUGAAAAGGUGUGUGAUUGGAAGGAGCCUGAAGAGCUGCAGCGAAUUCUGGACCUUGAUCUAAAAGACAAUGGAGAGCCACAGGAGAGACUAUUGGAGCAUUGUCGGGAUGUUAUCAGACACAGUGUGAAAACGUGUCACCCUCGCUUUUUUAACCAGUUGUUUUCAGGACUUGAUCCUCAUGCUCUGGCUGGACGGAUGAUAACAGAGAUGCUCAACACCAGCCAGUAUACAUAUGAGAUUGCCCCUGUGUUUGUGCUGAUGGAGGUGGUGGUGCUGAAGAAGCUGCGAGAGCUGAUUGGCUGGGAGAGUGGAGAUGGGAUCUUCUGUCCGGGAGGCUCUAUCUCUAACAUGUAUGCCAUGAAUGUGGCCCGAUUCCACUACUUCCCAGACUGCAAGCAGAAGGGUAACUGGGCAAUACCAAAGCUGGCAAUAUUCACUUCACAGGAGUGUCAUUACUCCAUGCAGAAGGGAGCGGCUUUCUUGGGCAUUGGCACAGACAACAUCUACCUUGUGGCCGCUGAUGAAAAGGGGAAAAUGAUCCCUGUUGAUCUAGAGAAACAAAUCAACCAGGCCAAAUCUGAGGGAGCCUUUCCAUUCUUUGUCAAUGCCACCUGUGGCACAACUGUGCUGGGCUCCUUUGACCCUUUGACCGAGAUUGCAGAAUUGUGCGCAAGGCAUAGGAUCUGGCUGCAUGUGGAUGCUGCUUGGGGUGGCAGCGCCCUUCUCUCCCGAAAACACCGGCACCUAUUGGAUGGGAUUGAGCGAGCAGAUUCUGUGGCUUGGAACCCCCACAAAAUGCUUAUGACUGGUCUGCAGUGUUCUGCCUUCCUGCUCCGAGACACCUCUGGUCUGCUGCAGAGAUGUCACUGUGCCAAAGCCACCUACCUCUUCCAGACGGACAAGUUCUACAACAUGGCCUAUGACAUGGGAGACGCAACCAUCCAAUGUGGACGCAAAGUAGACUGCCUUAAGCUGUGGCUGAUGUGGAAAGCUAAUGGCACGAGAGGCUUGGAGCAGAGAGUGAACAGGGCAUUUGCUUUUACUAGCUAUAUGACUGCUGAGAUUAAGAAGAGAGAAGGGUUUCAGCUGGUGAUAGAGCCAGAGUUCAUCAAUCUGUGUUUUUGGUUUGUGCCUCCCAGUUUACGAGGAAAGGAAAAAUGCACCGAUUACUAUGUGAGACUGGGAAAGGUAGCUCCUGCUAUUAAGGAGCGGAUGAUGAAGAAAGGGUCCAUGAUGGUAAGCUACCAACCACAUGGCAGCAAAGUCAACUUCUUCCGCCAGGUGGUCACCAACCCAGCGGUCACCAGAGAAGAUUUGGACUUCUUCCUGGAUGAGAUUGAGAGGCUUGGCAGAGACCUGUAGCCAUUGUGCCUUCCCCUGUGUCACACCUUCCCUUCUCACUUGUGUGCUUUCUGCAACGGUGGUGGGACCUUGUCCUAAAAUACACGAGCUUUUACACUUU